AUGGAGCCAACACCAACUGAGAAGCAUAUCCAACUAUCCUUCUUCUCUCAUGAAAGCUUGUUCAAAGACUUGCCGGAUGCCGUUUACGAUGUCCCUAUCUCCACAGAGCCCGAAAAACUGAUUCUGCUGCUCAACAAAACUAUGCAAGCAGUCAAAGACGAUUGGGUUGAUCGAAAUGUUGAACUCUUAAUCGGAGAUACUUUCAUUAGAACCUCACUCGAGGAGUUCAUUGAAGAAUUUCAAAUCCAGACGGAAGUAGUAGUAAGAGUGGAAUGUAUAUUACGUAUGGAAGCUCCUUCUCCCAAGCAUGAUCUGCCAGCUCCAGAUUGGGUAUCCUCUGUUCAGAUUUUCAACAAAAAUAUUUUUGCCACGACUUAUAACGGAGAAGUAGUGUGUUGGAAUACUAAAGGCGAACAAGUCAUUCAAGCUCAGAGAGAUAAAGGAGCUUCUUAUAAAUGCGGUGUGAUUGUCAAUGGAGAAGGAUUAAAUGAUUUCUCUUUUAUUGUUGGAGGCGAUGUUUUGACUUUAUAUGAGUCUCGUUCUAGUCAAGUAACUGCAAAGGCUGUAUUCAGAGGCCAUGAAAGAAGUGUCGAAGCAGUUUGUUUGAACUCACCAAAAACACGACUAUUAUCCGGUGGUUUCGAUAACUACGUGAAAAUAUGGAAUAUUGAAGACUCUGAUGAGAUCACGAUAUAUGAGAAACCAGAAUCGGAAAAACCCAAGAAGAAGAAAGAGAACUUUGUCACUAAAACUCCUGUAAUGACUUUGGCUGGUCACAAAGACGCUGUAGUAGCUCUUUCCUGGACGACAUGGAAUGAGAAAAAUGCUAUUUCUGCUUCUUGGGAUCAAUCCAUCAUAGUUUGGGAUUUGGAAUUAGGAGGAGAAAUCGCUAAAAUUAGAGGUCAAAAAGCUUUUACCGAUUUGGCUGUUAAUGAAUCAACAGGACUUGUUAUAACAUCAAGUACGGAUUCUGUUCCUAGACUUUAUGAUGUCAGAUCUCACGAAGGAACAUUCGUAAAACAAACGUUCACUGGACAUCGUGGAUGGGUUUCUUGCCUAUCUUGGAACCCUGAAAACAGUAAUAUGUUUGUCUCAGGGUCCUUUGAUAACUCCUUGAAAAUGUGGGAUAUUAGAUCUUCAAAAACCUCAGUCUUUGAUUUACAUGGCCAUGAAGAUAAAGUUCUUUGUGUUGAUUGGAAUGAACACUCCAUCGCCUCCGGUUCAGUCGACACCACAGUGAAAGUUUUUAAUGUCUAA